AUGCAGACACAUGGUACAGCAUUCAAAGCUUUUCGAGCGACUACUAUUUGGGACUUUCAAAUGCCAGAAGUAAAACUGCUCAGCGGCGACGAUGAGAACAGCACACUCUGGCAAUUCAUCCUAGCAGGACCGGAGACUAGCCGAGCUGUAUAUGCUCUGAGGUCGGCGUCAUCAAGCGGUCUGUACUGCUUAUUUACAAGUGGCGAGCGACCGGUUGCCGUGCCAUGCGGGAGCAACUCUGGCCAGGUACAAGCCUUCUACGCUUCCACUGAAGGCGGGGCGGACGACGGCGUGGUCCUCGUUCCCUACCCGAAUUCAGCAUCACGAGCCUUCUCCGCAGAUGGCGAUAGCUCGGAAGGCGACGAGGUGGAGUUUGACGAACUCAAGAACUUUCAAGAUGCAAGUGUCGAUUUGCUUUGGGCCAUUCAGAGUCAAGGCGUUGUUGAUACAAUCGCGUAUCCACCCAUCUCGGCAACUUAUACUGGAGACUCCAGUCCGUCCACCUCAGCUCUCACGACUAGCACAAGUAUCGCAGCUAAUACGACCUCUCCAGCGGCUUCUACGACCGCAGUCUCCACAUCCACGUCGACUACAUCCUCGCCAGUCGUUGUUACCGCCGCUGACGGAUCGACGAUUCCUGUUCCAACUGGAACGCCAAGUAAGUCACUCAUUGCUUCUCAUCUCCCCAACGAGCUGAAGCAGAACCCGCUAACCCGACAGCCCACCGAAUCAUCCGAAACUCCCACAUCUCCAUCCCUAACGACGCUUACCGUGACGACCGAUCUUCCUGCUGCCACGACGGAAGCGACCACCCCUGCCGAAUCUUCUGAAUCCGCUUCGGCUUCACAAUCUGUAGAGGUAAGCGAUGCCUCUCACACCACUUCAAGCUGGCAGCAGUGCCAUGACGAGAAGUAUCGGAAAUUCGCUAAUUCCUUUUCAGGUCCAACAAGGAAACGACGCCCCGAACUCCCAGUUCUCGCACUGCUCGGCGCGAGCUUCGAUGAGCCAUUCUAUCAGCUUGGACACUACGUCUAUCGGGCUAAUCCCGUUGCAACCUUGUUCGAGUAA